AUGGGGCUCGAUGCAGGGAUUAACGCCAGGAUGCUGUUAGCGGUGUUCCUCGGCCUGCCCUGCGCCCGGGCCGCGGAGGCCUGUACUCGCGCCUGCCCCGCCGCCUGCACCUGCAGCAGCGUGGAGCGCGGCUGCGCCGUGCGCUGCGACCGCGCGGGGCUCCUGCGGGUGCCCGCCGAGUUCCCGUGCGAGGCGGCCUCCAUCGACCUGGACCGCAACGGCCUGCGCAUCCUAGGCGAGCGGGCCUUCGGCACGCUGCCGUCGCUGCGCCGCCUGUCGCUGCGCCACAACAACCUGUCCUUCAUCACGCCCGGCGCCUUCAAGGGCCUGCCGCGCCUGGCCGAGCUGCGCCUGGCGCACAACGGCGACCUGCGCUACCUGCACGCGCGCACCUUCGCCGCGCUCGGCCGCCUGCGCCGCCUCGACCUGGCCGCCUGCCGCCUCUUCAGCGUGCCCGAGCGCCUCCUGGCCGAGCUGCCCGCCCUGCGCGAGCUCGCCGCCUUCGACAACCUGUUCCGCCGCGUGCCGGGCGCGCUGCGCGGCCUGGCCAACCUGACGCACGCGCACCUGGAGCGCGGCCGCAUCGAGGCGGUGGCCUCCAGCUCGCUGCUGGGCCUGCGGCGCCUGCGCUCGCUCAGCCUGCAGGCCAACCGCGUCCGCGCCGUGCACGCCGGCGCCUUCGGAGACUGCGGCGCGCUGGAGCACCUGCUUCUCAACGACAACCUGCUGGCCGCGCUGCCGGCCGACGCCUUCCGCGGCCUGCGCCGUCUGCGCACGCUCAACCUGGGCGGCAACGCGCUGGGCCUGGUGGCGCGCGCCUGGUUCGCCGACCUGGUCGAGCUGGAGCUGCUCUACCUGGACCGCAACAGCAUCGCCUUCGUGGAGGAGGGCGCCUUCCAGAACCUCUCGGGCCUCCUCGCCCUGCACCUCAAUGGCAACCGCCUCACCGUGCUCGCCUGGGCCGCCUUCCAGCCCGGCUUCUUCCUGGGCCGCCUCUUCCUCUUCCGCAACCCGUGGCGCUGCGACUGCCACCUGGAGUGGCUGCGGGACUGGAUGGCGGGCGCAGGGCGCGUCACCGAUGUACCGUGCGCGUCCCCGGGCUCCGUGGCCGGCCUAGACCUCAGCCAGGUGGCCUUCGGCCGCUCCUCCGAUGGCCUCUGUGUGGAUCCCGAGGAGCUGAACCUCACCGCGUCCAGCCCGGGCCCGUCCCCAGAGCCAGUGGCUGCCACCGUGAGCAGGUUCAGCAGCCUCCUCUCCAAGCUGCUGGCCCCGAAGGGCCCAGUGGAGGAGGCAGCCAACACCACGGGGAGCCUGGCCAACACCUCCAUGCCUGACAACCUGCCCUCCCGCGGGGUGGCAGGCUCGGGCCGCGGGACCGCCUUUCUCCUCGCCUCUUGUCUCCUGCUCGUCGCGGCCCAGCACUCCGUGUGUGACCUGCAGAGGAACUGA